AUGGAUUCUUUUGGGCAACCCAGACCUGAAGAUAACCAGUCAGUAGUCAGCAGAAUGCAAAAGAAAUACUGGAAAACUAAGCAGGUCUUUAUCAAAGCCACGGGAAAAAAGGAGGAUGAGUAUGUGGUGGCCUCUGAUGCUGAUCUGGAUGCUAAACUUGAGGUUUUUCACUCCAUUCAAGAGACAUGCAUUGAACUUCUGAAGAUAGUUGAAAAAUAUCAGCUAAGACUCAAUGUUAUAGCAGAGGAAGAAAAUGAGCUAGGGCUCUUUUUGAAGUUUCAAGCAGAACGGGAUGUAACUCAAGCUGGCAAAAUAAUGGAUGCUACUGGCAAGGCACUCUGUUCUUCAGCCAAGCAAAGAUUAGCCUUGUAUACACCCCUGUCUCGUCUUAAACAAGAAGUAGCAACAUUCAGCCAAAGGGCAGUAUCUGAUACGUUGAUGACAAUUAAUCGGAUGGAACAGGCACGCACAGAAUACAGAGGAGCUCUGCUGUGGAUGAAAGAUGUAUCCCACGAACUGGACCCGGACACCUUAAAGCAAAUGGAAAAGUUCAGAAAAGUACAGAUCCAAGUGAGAAAUAGCAAAGCUUCUUUUGACAAGUUAAAGAUGGAUGUUUGCCAGAAAGUGGAUUUACUUGGAGCUAGUCGCUGCAAUAUGUUAUCUCAUUCCCUCGCUACCUACCAGAGAACAUUACUUGGAUUCUGGGAGAAAACAGCUCGAUUGAUGUUCCAGAUCCACGGGGAAUGUGUUGGCUUCCAUCCAUAUGAUUUUGUAGCUCUCAAGCAACUGCAAGAUACUUCAAGCAAGGUUACUGAAGACCACAAAGAAGAACAAAUAGAAAAUAGUUAUUUUACAGAAGACCUCAAUAAAUUAGUUUUGUUAAAUGAGGAAGCAAACUUGGGGAGUGAACCAGUUGCAAAAGAUCUCCUUGUGGACUCAUUGGAGAGAGAGGAUUAUGAAAAAGAGUUUUCUUUUCUGAACAAUCUCCUAAGUCCUGGUUCUUCAAGUACCAAUGAAUGUACCCAAGAAUGCCAGACUGAAUUUGGGAGCCCUAAUGCCAGUCCCAUGUCCCAGGAACUUUCUGUUGGAUCUGAGCCUCUUGCUCAUUCUUCGGGAUUUCUUCCUUCACAACUCUUUGACCUUGGCCUUCAUGCUACUGGAGGUUUCAACAGCUGGGCCUCUGCUGGAGGAUCAGAACUACGACUUUCACACAUGGAUAAUGAUGUAGUGCCUUCACAGAGUCCAAAGAAGUUAACAAGAUCUCCUAACAAUAGUAAACAAGACAUGUCAGCCUGGUUCAAUCUGUUUGCAGACUUGGAUCCACUUUCAAACCCAGAUGCUAUUGGACACUCAGAUGAUGAACUUCUGAAUGCUUGA